ACAUUCUUCUUUUAGAGGCUGUACCAACAGGCUUUCUCAGUUUCUCUAUACUCUAAAUGCAUCCUCCCUCAUUGCACAGAUCUAGGGUUUGAUUGGUGAAGGCAGUGGGGUGAUUAUUACCGCAAGGGAGGAAAGUAUAUAUAUUUUUUAUUUUAAUUGGGCCUAUGUUUUUGAAAAUUAUUUUUAAACACCAGAGGGCUGAAAACUGUUAUUCUUAAUUCCCAUUUAUUGCGUUAGGAGUUGGCAAGAGAACAAUAGACUGGCACCCAGGCUAGGCGCAUGUGUCCUAAAAUCUUCUCAACCGUGGACUCUGCCCACGGAGUCCGCCGAUGACCUAAACCAAGCGCGCCUUCUUUUGCCCAUGACGUCAGAGUGUGUCCAUCUGGACCAACGAUCUGGACUGGGGCUCGAGCACAAAACUCGCUAAACUCAAAGCUGCUGCCUGAUACAUUUGUCAUCCUUACAUCAGCGACGACAACAACGAAGUGACAGCUUUAUUCUGGUAAUCGUGCUUUCAAAUCAUAUUUACUUGAGGUAGGUUUAUUAAUAUUCGAGUGGUUAAAUGUAUCUUUCUUGUUUCUCUCCUCAGUUUUCUUGAUGAUAUGGAGCGAUGCUUUAGGUACAGUAACGUUACAGCUUGUUAGCUAUUAGUCAGCGCUGAAUCUAGCCAGCUAGGUGCUAGGCUAGCUUGCUUUGUAGAUAGCCAGCGAACGGUAAACAGCAAAGGGAGGCUGCCAUGGGUGCAGCCUUCAACGUAGUGCAUCGCUAGCUUGACCAGACAUGUCGCAAGCUAGUUUGCUACCUGGCAGAAGUGUUAGCGGGGACAGUGGUGGCCUCACAGCCCCUGCUUCUCCCUCCCCUGUGUCCCCCGUCCUCACCCCGACCCCCCCACCGCGGAGAGCCAGAGUGAGGUACCCAGCGAUGGUGGACGUGGGGAAGUGGCCCCUCUUCACCCUGCUGGGGGCUCAGGAGGUCUCCCGCAUCAGGCAGGCCUGUGUCUUCGGAACCUCAGCCAACGAAGCCAUCUACAUCACCCAGGACGAUGAGGUGUUUGUGUUUGGGCUGAACUGCAGUAACUGUCUGGGGACAGGAGACAGUCAGAGCACCAUGGUCCCUAAGAAACUAGACUUCCUCCGAGGCAAGAAGGUGGUCAGUCUCAGCUAUGGCAGUGGACCACACGUCUUACUGGCCACAGAAGGGGGAGAGCUGUUUGCCUGGGGGCACAAUGGAUACAGCCAGCUGGGCAACGGGACCACCAACCAGGGGGUGUCACCCAUCCUGGUUUCAACCAACCUGCAGAACAAGAAAAUAACACACGUGGCCUGUGGGUCCCAUCACUCUCUGGCCCUGACACACGAUGGAGAGGUGUUUGCGUGGGGUUACAACAACUGUGGCCAGGUGGGUUCAGGUGCCACAGCCAACCAGCCAACCCCCCGCAAGGUGACCAACUGCCUGCAGGGUAAAGUGGUGAUGGGCAUCGCCUGUGGACAGACCUCCUCUAUGGCCGUGCUCGACAACGGGGAGGUGUUUGGCUGGGGCUACAAUGGGAAUGGCCAGCUGGGAGUGGGCAACAACGGUAACCAGCUGACCCCCUGUCGCCUGGCAGCCCUCCAGGGUCUCUGUGUACUACAGAUCGCGUCAGGCUACGCCCACUCCCUGGCUCUAACCGACGAGGGCCUGCUGUAUGCCUGGGGGGCUAACACCUACGGACAGCUGGGUACUGGCAACAAGAGCAACCAGCUCAGUCCUGUACAAAUCAUGGCUGAGAAGGAGAGGGGAGAGGGAGAGAGGCCCGCUGUAGGCAGCAAAAGGACAAGGGAAAACACUGAAGAGGCGUGGCACAGAGAGACAGAGAUAGUGGAGAUUGCGGCGUGCCACUCCACACACACAUCUGCCUGUAAGACCCAGAGCGGCCAGGUGUACAUGUGGGGCCAGUGUAGGGGUCAAUCCAUCGUGCUGCCACACCUCACACACUUCUCCUGCACUGACGACGUCUUCGCCUGCUUCGCUACGCCGUCUGUCAUGUGGAGGCUACUCUCCAUGGAGCAUGAUGACUUCCUGACUGUGGCCCAGUCUCUGAGGAAAGAGUUCGACAGCCCUGAGACGGCCGACCUCAAGUUCAGCGUGGACGGGAAAUAUAUCCACGUACACAAGGCCGUGCUCAAGAUCCGGUGUGAACACUUCCGCUCCAUGUUCCAGUCCCACUGGACAGAGGACAUGAAGGAGGUGAUUGAGAUCGACCAGUUCUCCUACCCCGUCUACCGCUCCUUCUUGGAGUUCCUCUACACUGACAACGUAGACCUGCCCCCAGAGGACGCCAUCGGCCUGUUGGACCUGGCCACAUCCUACUGUGAGAACCGUCUGAAACGUCUGUGUCAACACAUCAUCAAGAGAGGCAUCACCGUGGAGAACGCCUUCUCUCUGCUCUCUGCCGCCGUGCGAUACGACGCUGAGGACCUGGAGGAGUUCUGCUUUAAGUUCUGUGUGAACCACCUGACAGAGGUGACCCAGACUGCAGCCUUCUGGCAGAUCGAUGGCAACAUGCUCAAAGAGUUCAUCUGCAGAGCCAGCCGCUGUGGGGCCUUCAAAAACUGACUGACCACUAACCAGCCCCGAAGGAAGGACGAGGAAAGGGCUAGCAUGAACUGGUUUGGCUUGACACUAUUUGGCCAUGGUAGAAAGGACAAAGAAGGAAAUGGUAUGAACAUGGAAACGGCUAGCUUGAACCGGAUCUCUAAAUUGCCAUAUUAUUCAUCCAUUGUGACAAUGUCUGGAGUGGUCAUCUGGUGACUAUGGCUGACCUCGUUACACAGCCAAAGAAGCCAAAGCCAGUCCCUGCCUAUGCACCUAAUAUUCCACGCGGACAGGUGGCACUGUGGGGAGGAAGUUCCUUUACCAGUCAAAACAGUGACAUCAGAGUUCGUUGUCUGUCACUGCAUGUUUACAAACCUGCUAAAUGGCAUCAGACUACUCAGUUAGCGUCAGUUUAAUUGGAGGACCAUAGAUCUAGCUUAAGAUGGACACUGUUACAUUCCUGACAAUGUCUGAUGGCAGGGGAUUGCAGUCAACCCCCCCCGAUUGCCCCCUCCCACCCCGAUUUGCAGAUUAUUAUUAUAUAUUUUUUUGCAUCAAAGUUGUGUACUUUGCUCUACUGUUGAAGGGUUGGAUGUAGCUGGACAGAAAUAUAUUUUACAGGGUUUAUGGUUCAGAGCCGGUGGAUGUUUUGAGGAAAUGACAGUUUCAAUAUGAUUUGUAAUAUGCUGUGUACUGACAAAGUAGAGCAGAGCUUGUCAUUUAUUCAUUCAGGCACGUUAAUUCUCGAGACUUGAGAUGAACAUGAUGAUGCAAUGCAACAAUGAGCAGAAACUUGGUUUUCAACUCUUCAGUUCUUUUACCAGACAGAAAACAAAACAUUUGGACCAUAUACAACUUGUUACUCUGUGUGAACUUUUUUAUUCUUACAAAAAUAGAUAUCUACAUUUUUUUACUAUUAUUGCAUUCCUUUGGUUGAGAUUACCCCUCCACCCCAGCAUUUCCAAUCAAUCUGCUGCUUUGAAUAUUGUUUUAAUGGUUUAACGUUCAUUACUACAUUCUAAUUUACUUUGAAGCGAGUGUUUGUACUGAAAUUUAAAUUCAACGCAUUGUACUCUUAGAUUAUUAUUCUUUUUUUCAAAAAUAACUUGUUGCUUAUGUUUUAUUUUUGCGAUUACAUUUAUUUUAGAAAUAUUUACAAUUAUUUAGGAAACAGUUGAUAUUGGUGCCACAAUUCUCAACAUGUUUAUCGACUUGCAAGCCAUGAGAUGCUUUGAAAUACCACUUUGAAAUAAACAAAACUACAUUAUUGUA